CAUCCUUGAAUGGUCAUCUGGACAAAAAAAAAUAAUGUACCUUUAUAAUCUUAAUGAAAUGAAAUGAAAUGGUGUUUUUCUUAAAGAAUCCCGGAGGAAACUGUAGAAUGACACCACCUUUACCAACACCACCGCCACCUCCACCGCCUCCGCCACCACAUUCUCAAUCAUUUUAUCAUCAACCAUCAUCAUCAUUCGAUUGGAAUCAUCAAUAUAAAUCAUCAACCAAUAAUCAUAAUCAUCGUAUUGAAUCAUCAAGUGAAUUUGAUUCAUCAAAACUUUUUCAAAAAUAUUUAACAAAAAUGUCCACAAAUAUUAUUAAUGAACAACGAAAUUCAAAACAACAACAACAUUCACAUUAUCAACAACCACGAUCAAGAUUUUCCAUGGUUAAUAAUUUUACCGAAAAUAAUUAUGAUUGUCCAACAACAACAGCAACAAUGACCAAUUAUCAUAAUCAUCAUUUAAAACCAAAAAUUUAUCAACAACAUUUACCAAAUAAACAUCGUAAUAGCCAACAACAAUUAGUACGACAAAAAUCUGAUCAUUCGGAAUUUAUUUGUUCGGACGUUAUUCGUUCAACAAAUUUCAAUAAUAAAAAUGAUGAUCAACUUGCAUCGAUGUUUGUUGUUGAUCAACAAUCAUCAACAUCAACAACGAAAAAAUCUCGUUGCAUUCUAUUUUCACAGAUUUAUCUUAUAAUUCAUAUUUCCAUAACAAUUUGUUUGAAUAAGACAAAAGAUAUGGAAACAUUAUCGGAGAACAUUCAAAAUUCCAGAGAUCUUAUCAUCGAUUUUUAUCUAUUCUAUUUACUGGUUGCAUCAUUAUUUUUCUUUAUUUUAUUAAGAUACUAUGCGGUGCCUAGAUUUAAUAACAAUGAUAAUAAUCUAAUAACAUUUAAUGAAUUAACCGAACAAACACCGAUACUGUUCGGUGCAAUAAUAUUGGGUUUCAGUGAAUUGGCACAAUGUCUGAUUGAAUUAAUUGGUUGUGUUGAAACGGAUUCAUUCGUAAUACCGGUGAUAAAAUUUUGUUAUCAUAUUGCUUUUAUGCAUUUUCUUCUAUCACAGAUAAUCUAUAGUGAUUAUAUUGGACUGCGUAAUAUUGCUAUAGCACAUCUUUUAUCAACACAAAUUUCAUUAUGGUUAUUGUCCAUAUCAUCAUCUUCUUCUUCAUCGAAACAUCAUUACGGUCAUGUUGGACAACAACAAAAAUAUUGCUGUGAUUAUAAACUUGAUUUGAAAACAUUUCGUAUUGUUUUGUUCAAUAACUACAACGACGAUAAUGGCCAUCAAUUUUUCAAUGAUAACAAUAAUAAUAAUAAUGUUACAUUGAAAAUGAAUGAAAAUCAUCAUUGGGAAAAUCCUGAUACAUUUCAAAUCAGCCUGUUUAUAUUGAACAAUCAGUUUAAAUUUCUUACAAUAUUUAUAUUGAUAACAAUAUGGUUUACACAAAAUCAAUCAAAAAUUAAUUCGAUACGAGCAAAAUUAUCGGAAGAAGAAAUAAUUCGUUCAGCUUAUCUAAAUCCAUCCGGCAGGCUUUAUAUGUUUGGUGGUUUUAUGGUUGGUUCAGUUUUCCUACUUACUUCAAUCAUAUCGAUUAUCUUUUUCGAUAAUCGAUUGUUACAAUAUUCGGCUUCGAUUUUUAUUCAGAUUAUGAUUAUUAUAAUAUCAAUGACCGGUUUGAUUAUUCGUAAACAUCAAAUAUUGGAUGCUGAUGAACCUAAAUAUCAAAUAAAUAUAUUAAAAUAUCAUUUUAUUAUUUUUGUAACAAUGUUUUUAGUUUAUAAUGUAUCCAUUAUGAAUUUUAUAACAUUUUUUAUUAAAUUAAUAACAACAACAACAAAUAGUAAAACAACAACAACAACAAUAAUACAAAUGAUUAUACCAAUAUUAUCUGUAAUUAGUUCAAUAUUUCUUAUCAUACAAGUUACCGUACAAUCUUAUUUAUUACGAUUACAAGGCAAAAAAUUAAUCAACAUGACACAUGUAUUUUCCCUAUUAGCCAUUGCCAAUUUUGCCCUAUGGAUAAUUGAUAUUUCAAUCAUUGUGAAUGAUCAAAAUUUAUGGCCAAUUCAUCAUCAGCAAGAAAUAUUUUCCACGAAUGAUGAAUCAUCA